UCUGGUAAUCUAUGAUGAAUGUUCUUUCUGUCACAAUCUUGAAAUCAGACAAUUCUGCUACUCUUAAAAUGACGCUCCCAAGAUGUCUCUUAAAACAACAGUACCCAUAUAUCAGAGUUCAGAUGGGUGAUUUCCAAGAGAAUCUCACAAUUUGAUUUCAGCUUCGAAUCUACUGUUUGCUGAUUUCCAUUCUUGUAAUGCUGAUACAUAUGCGCAUCCAUACCUCUAGCAAUAUCCUCCCUUUCACAGCUCAUGAUUUUGCCCUUUUGCUUCUUGAGGAAGAACAUUGCAUAGCUGAGACACAGAACUCAUAACAAAAGAAAGCAUACUUUUUAAACAUUGAAAUGGGGAAGGAUUACUAUUCUGUUCUUGGAAUUGAAAAAGGAGCAUCUGAUGAAGAUCUCAAGAAAGCAUACAGAAAACAAGCCCUUAAAUGGCAUCCAGAUAAGAAUAAAUCUCCCCAUGCAGAAGAAAAAUUCAAAGAGAUUGCAGAAGCCUAUGAGGUAUUGAGUGAUCCCAAAAAAAGAGAAAUUUAUGAUCAGUUUGGAGAAGAAGGUUUGAAAGGAGGGGCUGGUGGCCCAGAUGGUCAAGGAGGUUCUUUCCGUUAUUCUUUUCAUGGAGAUCCACAUGCUACAUUUGCAGCAUUUUUUGGUGGCGCAAACCCCUUUGAAAUGUUCUUUGGUAGAAGGAUGGCUAGUGGCAGGGACACUGAAGAUAUGGAAGUGGAUGGCGAUCCAUUUGGUUCCUUUACCACUUUUAGUGUGAAUGGAUUUCCAAGAGAAAGAAACACGGUUGGUAAUCAACCCCGUCGUAAACAAGAUCCUCCUGUUAUUCAUGAACUGAAAGUAUCAUUGGAAGAGAUUUAUCAGGGCUGUACAAAAAGAAUGAGAAUUUCCCGAAAAAGACUCAAUCCAGAUGGUAGAAGUGUCAGAACAGAAGAUAAAAUCCUUACGAUUGAUAUUAAAAGAGGAUGGAAAGAAGGUACCAAAAUUACAUUCCCCAAAGAGGGCGAUGAAACACCCAACACCAUCCCAGCUGAUAUUGUGUUUGUUAUUAAAGAUAAAUUACAUCCUCAUUUCAAGAGAGAUGGUUCAAAUAUAAUCUACCCUGUCAAGAUUAGUUUACGGGAGGCUUUAUGUGGCACCUCAAUCAAUAUACCAACUAUAGAAGGCCGAACAAUACCUAUGACAAUAAAUGAAGUUGUAAAGCCUGGAAUGAGAAGAAGAAUUAUAGGAUAUGGUUUACCAUUUCCUAAAAAUAAUGAACAACGAGGUGACUUAAUUAUAGAAUUUGAAGUAAUUUUCCCAGAUAAUAUAGCUCCAGCCUCAAAAGAAGUACUCAGGAGAAAUCUUCCUGUAUCAUAAGAAACAUACGUCAGUGAACUGUUCCUAAUAGAUACUGAACAUCAAGGACUUUCAGGUUAAUGCUGUAAAAGUACAGUCUAUAACUGUUGAACGUUUCUUUUGUGUGCGCAGGUAGGAAAGUGAAUUAUGCAGUGUUGCAUGAGAAUUGGAGUACAAAAGACUUGCAACCAAGUAUAAGGCUAAUAAUACUUACUGUGUGUUGAAUCUUUCUUUACAAAACACUUUAUCCAGUAUUCUGUGUCCAUG